GGUCUAUGUUUUAAACGCUACUUUCCGAUUUUUUAAAAACCUUUUCUAUUGUAAAUCUGAUAUUGUUCUAAACAUGUAUUAAAUGACAUAAUUCACAAAUGAAGGAAUUAAUCGUGUUUUUCGCGUUUUUUAGUAUGUGCCGAUGCGGUACAGACUUGCACGCGCCAAAAAAUGGCCACCUGAAACGCAUCUAGCGCUAGCGCUUACAAAUAUAUACCACUGCCGAUACAGUCACUGGCAGCGGGUUUUUGAUGGAGGCAGUGGAGUAUCACACCCCGGACAGCUGCACGUGCGGCGUGCUAUAUAAAUGGAUUUUCUAUGCUGUGGAGGAUGGUGCUAUAGAGUUACAAGUCUGGGACCACUUAGAUCAUCAGAGUUACCAGCUUAAAGGAGAAAAUUAUUUUACUGUUCCAGCUUCAGCUAAGAAUAACAUUGUAGAGUAUCUCGUGCCAGAAAGGGAUAGGAUUACUAUAAGGAAUAACUAUCUCAUUGGAUGGUAUGCCGCGGGGCCCUCGGGUAUUGUAGGGUAUAAAGAGGGCGUUGAAUCAUACUCCGAUGAAUCGAGGAGGGAGCCGAGCAUGACCAACCUUGACCCCGCGCACGAGCCAACAUUUGACUGGUCUUCAGGGUCUUCUGUUGUAACUAGAGACCGGAUAUAUGCUUUUGGAGCAGAAGUUAUCGCAAACACGGCUCCUGAGUUCACUAACUUGCCUCGUGAAGUUUGGAUAUACGGCGACGAGACAGCCGGAGCAUUCAUAUACAAAAUAUCCGCAGACGACAUUGAUUCGAAAGACGUGUCUUCACUUUUUAUCAGAGAUAUUGAUGAACAAUCAACUAGUCAGUUUUAUUACGACAGAACAAUACGUGCACUGUUUUUCCUUGCCGUGUCAAAGCCGGCUGUCGGGACAUACACUAUGACGUUUGAAGUUCAAGACCAGUGUUUAAAUACCAAUCAAGCAACACUUACAAUAAAAGUGUUAAGUUGGGCACCCAGAUUAACAAAUUUGCCCUCAUUUGCGACACUAUCGGAGAACACUAACUACGAGGUGGCGCUUUUCACUGUACAAUACACGGACAAAGACAAUUCGACACUUGUAACAACUUUGAAUGUUUCCCCGACAAACGCUGGAUUUACUGUAAAAAAUGUAGGACAUGAUAAUUCAAACAGAUCUAUAGUUACGACUAAUGGCGUUACAUUUAACUAUGAAACAACUCAACAAUACAUAAUGGACAUCACGUUAAGUGAUGGGCAAAACAAUACGGACACGGGCUACUUUAUGCUGUAUAUAACAAAAAAUAAUCCGCCAAAAUUCACCAACUUGAAUAACGGCGCUAGAGCCAAUAUAACCUAUCGUACAACAGCCACCGGUGACUUUGUGUACGCUGUGUCUGCAACAGAUGCCGAAAACGAUAACCUUACAUUUUCCAUGACCUGUGACCCUGCUGGAUGUCCGUUUGAAAUAGAUGGAGACAAUGGCGUUGUGUCCGCAACACAAGAUCUAGUUGGAAACUUUUAUAAUCAACCUGGUUGGGACCUAGCGAUAACUGUUUCUGAUGGUACAACAACUGUUGGACCUAGGUCGCUAUCAGUUCUAGUUCAUGAUAUAAAUGAUGUUCCAAUGAUUGUAAAUCUCGGAUUGACCGAUCCUAUAGCGGUUCACGAGGGAACGCCGCUCGGAACGACUGUGUAUACUGUACAAUAUGUUGAUAUCGAUACCACAGAUUCCCACACCGUCCUCGUGACGUAUGACCAAACUUGGGCAACCAACUAUUUCGGAUUAAAUGUAUCAACCGGUGUUCUUACAACUGAAUAUAAUAUCUUGGACUAUGAAGAGCUGGACCCUAGUUGGGAAGUAAUUGCGACAAUAACAGUAUCUGAUAGCCUCGAUACCGCAACAGGAACGCUGACAAUCAACAUCCGGAAUGUGAACGAGGCUCCGUAUUUCCACCAAACAAAAUAUUCAUUUGAACCAAUAGAGCAAGGCGGGAGGUGGGCUGAUAUUGGAGACUGGAAUCCUAUUAUGAGUGAUCCCGACAACGAUAUUGCCACACCUUUAGAUACCCACGUGUAUACGAUGGACUGUGGAGAUUAUACUCGAUAUUUCCGUAUGAACAGGACAGACGCCUCGAUAAAAUUCUUCACGAAGUUUGAUUAUGACACGGCCAACUUUACAGGUCCAUUUAACUGUAUUGUCACGGUUACAGACAAGGCCGGACUAACGGGAACGACAACGCUAGAGAUUGAUUUACAUGAGUUUAAAAAAAUCAUCAAAAGAUUCUAA